AUGGAUGCCAUACCGCUUCCCGACCAGGUUUCUGAGCUCUACAAUGACCUUCUUUCCCGCUGUGCACCCAAUGAGCAUAAAGAUUGGGGACUCGCCAUCACAGCUCUGAAGCUUCUCGCCAUUACCCACAGACCAUUUAGCAUACUAGAGUUGUCUUGGGCCGUGACUCUGCAUACCGCUCGCAAUGUUAACACCGUUGACGAACUUGCCAAGCUAGUGGACCAUAAAAAGCUCAUGAGCAUGAUUCAGCCCUUUAUCGCAGGCGUUGAGCUUGAUGACUUGAGAAAAUACCAAGUCCAGCUCAUAGAGAAGUCCUUGAAGGAUUUAAUCAAGAAGAAUUGGGCCACAAAAUAUUUGAAUACAGAAUGUCCACACUCCUUGGGAGACGAUGGACAAGGAUUCAGAAGUCCAGAAGCGUUGAUAUUGGAUAUAUGUGUGCGGUAUAUUCUUUUAGAUGAGAUAGGCGUCAAACUCGUGUUCUCUGAAGAGCAGAUUGCGAUUUCGGAGCUUCCGCAAGCGUCCGACUUGUUCAACGACGAGAAAGACCCAGUCAAGUACAAUUCUCAUUGCUCGUGGGAAGCUUGGGAAGAAGAUAUGACUCGGUUCAAUCCGACUGAGCGUGGAUUGGGCGAGUUCUUUGUCUACGCGUCAUGCUACUGGCCUGAAUAUUAUCGUCUUGUCACGGCUGAGGCCCUUCCAAGCCUAGCGAGCAUCGAAAAGUUGUGUCAAGCCGACUCGAAGCGAAUUCACAAUUGGACUCAGCAAAACCGUCGUCCAGGCUGUGCGAUGCUGCCGAGAUUCCCAUUUUCCAGCCAGCUAUAUGAUCCCCUCAGUAUCACCUGCCUUUAUGGCUCUGUAGAUAUGCUUCAUGUCAUGCUCAGAGAUUCUGAUUUCGACAAUGGCAAUUUCCUCGAGAUGACGGCCAUGAAGGCAGCAGAUCAAACCCUUCAAUGGGGAGAUAUGUCCAGGCUCAGGGCACUUUUUCUGGAUCCGAGACUUGGUCAUCAGCUACGAAACCUGGACUUUUUUCGCCUGAUUAUCCGCAGGUGGCGUGAAGCGAGUGUCUGUCGACCCGACUGGGAAGAUGCUUUUGCGCUAAUUGACCUCAUGAGAGAUCAAAUGGCUCAGCAGCAAUGGGGAUAUGAGCUCUGCGGCCGGGACGAGCAGCAGCCCGUCAUAUGCGUUUUUUGCGGCGCCCAGCCCGGCAACUCACCCGAGUACAUAGCCGCCGCUCGCGCACUCGCGCAUGAACUACACGCCGCCAACGCAAAACUAGUCUACGGAGGGGGAACAAAAGGCCUAAUGGGCGAGGUGGCAAAGACUCUAGUAUCACUAUCUGGGCCAUCUGCAGUGCAUGGCUUCAUACCCGAGGCACUGGUAGCACACUAUCCCGAUGCGAACGUCAACCGCCAGGCCGAAAGCAAGGCCCAGGAGGAUGGGAAACAACCCGAGCGAAUGCUUGCCCCGGGGUCUUCACCAGCAGAGGGCGAAUACGGGAGAAUCAACAUUGUAGACAGCAUGCACGAGCGAAAACAAAAAAUGGCAGAGGAAGUUCUUGCCGGUGGUCCUGGGUCAGGGUUCGUAGCCCUUCCGGGCGGUUAUGGGACCCUUGAGGAGGUCGCUGAGGUUGUUACGUGGAAUCAACUGGGGAUUCAUGAUAGAGGAAUUGUUUUGUUGAAUGUUAAUGGGUUUUGGGAUGGGCUUGUGACGUGGAUUGAAAUGGCUGCUCAGCGGGGGUUUGUUGGACAGGCGAAUAAGGGGAUUAUGGUGGAAUGUAAGGAGGUGGAGGAGGUUAUUGGGGUGCUUAAGGCGUAUAAGCCGAGUGGUGGGAGGUUGAACCUUUCUUGGGGUAGUAAGUGA